UGAGGGAGCGUCGUAAAAUUUCUCAUUUAGGGGCUUGCCCCUUUGGCUUUCCAAACUGGGACUUGAUGAAAUAUUUGCACUAAAAAUAAUACAAGCCAAAAUUUUCAUUGUCCAACAAUGUCUUCUGCCGAAGCUUGGAAAUGUACAGGAUCCUUCUUUAAUAGUGAAGUGAGUAACAGGUAGAUGGUCUCUUAGUCUCUGACAGGUCUCCGCCAUCUUGAUGCUCCGCCCCCUCGGCUGGAGUCCACCUCACCGAUUGGCUAGGGUCCCUUGAGCGGCGGAAGCAGCUGGCUAGCGCGGGUACGUGGGGAGGGGGCGAGCCUUGAAGAUGGCGGCAGUGGUGGAGGUGGAUGUUGGAGGAGGUGCUGCUGCGGAACGAGAGUUAGAUGAGGUUGAUAUGUCAGAACUCUCACCAGAAGAGCAGUGGAGGGUUGAACAUGCUCGCAUGCAUGCCAAACAUCGUGGCCAUGAAGCCAUGCACGCCGAAAUGGUCCUCAUCCUCAUCGCGACCUUGGUGGUGGCUCAGCUACUGUUGGUACAGUGGAAGCAAAGGCAUCCCCGCUCCUACAAUAUGGUGACGCUCUUUCAGAUGUGGGUUGUUCCCCUCUAUUUCACAGUGAAACUGCACUGGUGGAGGUUCCUCGUGAUUUGGAUCUUCUUCUCUGCUGUCACAGCCUUUGUCACCUUCCGAGCCACACGGAAACCUCUAGUACAGACAACCCCAAGGUUGGUUUAUAAAUGGUUCCUGCUAAUAUAUAAAAUCAGCUAUGCUACUGGCAUCGUUGGCUACAUGGCCGUCAUGUUUACCCUCUUUGGUCUUAACUUACUGUUCAAGAUUAAACCGGAAGACGCCAUGGACUUUGGUAUUUCUCUCCUCUUCUAUGGCCUCUACUAUGGAGUUCUUGAGCGAGACUUUGCAGAAAUGUGUGCAGACUACAUGGCAUCUACAAUAGGGUUCUACAGUGAGUCGGGCAUGCCUACCAAACACCUCUCUGACAGCGUGUGUGCCGUGUGUGGACAGCAGAUCUUUGUAGAUGUCAGCGAAGAGGGCAUCAUCGAGAACACCUACAGGCUCUCCUGCAAUCAUGUGUUCCAUGAGUUCUGUAUCCGUGGCUGGUGCAUUGUGGGAAAGAAGCAGACGUGUCCCUACUGCAAAGAGAAGGUAGACCUGAAGAGGAUGUUCAGCAAUCCCUGGGAGAGGCCUCACGUCAUGUAUGGUCAGCUAUUGGAUUGGCUUCGAUACUUGGUAGCCUGGCAGCCUGUCAUCAUUGGCCUGGUGCAGGGCAUCAACUACAUCCUGGGCCUGGAAUAGUGCGGAAGUUGCCUCAGUGGAGAACCCACCCUGCCCACCAUGGACCUCAGGGCGCUCUCCUCACUGCCCACAAAGACCUCCCGGGUGGGAAAGACUCAAAAGGGUGCUUGGGCCACUCAGGACCCCCUGGCUGUGUCAAGCCUGGGGAAGAAUAUGAUGGAGAGCCAGCCAGUGGGGCUGUCAGCAGGGGGUGGGGGAGGCUUUUUAAAAGAAAACUAUUUUGAUGAAUAUAUUUAAAAAAUACUUUUUUUUUUUUUUUUUAAAUUGUGGAACCCAAGAGUUGCCCCCUCCAGGCCUCACCCUGCUUGAGCAGGUUGGGAGCAGAGCUAUGACAUUUUUGGUAAAAGAGCCUUUGCACUUUGGUUGAGAGCACCGGUGGGUUCUCAGGCAGCUGAGGGCAUCACCCACUCUGCUUUCUCUCCCUCUGCAGGGCUCAAGCUUGGGCCACUGAGCUUGUAAAAGCUGAAGAGCUCAGAUUGGUGGCACGGAUGAGCACUGAGGGUGAGGUAGGAUGAGUAUUGUGUCUGGCUCAGUCUCCCCAGGAGACACUGGCUAGGAGCUUAGGACUGGGUGAAGCAUUGGAAGCUUCAUUGGUGACUUCUGUGACCAGGGAAGUCCUGGGGCCUCAAUGUGUUUGGAACAACUGGAAAAAGCUGCAGCAUGGAAAAUCUACCUUUGAGUAGGGCUGGGGUCAGUCAGGAGCAGAGGCGGUCUAUAUAUAGUUGGGCUGAGGGGACAACUUUUAGCAGCAAUGACAGCCUCUUGUGCAAGCUCAUCCCCUUUGGCCUGAAGGUGAUGAUGUGCCAAAGGCCACUGUACCAUAUCACUUCCUUCCUGAAAGCCAGAGGGAGAGUAUGUUUGUGUACGUGUGCACGUGCAUUCGUACAUGUACGUGCAUAGCAGGACUGUCUGUAACGGAUGUCUGUUGCUCCAGUCAGCAGACAGUGACUUCGCCCUUGAGGCUAGCAGGGUCUCCCUGUGUGAAUGUCUUCAUUCCCGAGCUCUUCCUGCCCUCUCCACAGGAAGGGUAGGUGGGGGAAGGAUAAAGGCUAGGUCUCAAGUACAGGUCCUGAAAAGGGACUUCCAGGCAGACCUCAGCCUUGGGCCUGGGAGUUUUGAAGAAAGUGGGAGGGCCAUGGGCACUGGCUUGCUAGGGAGUCAGGCCCAACGGGCUACCCGUGAAAGCCAGUGAAAACCAAGCAGAGGCUCGUCACUCAUCUGAAUAAAGCUCCGUGAGCUGGGUUAGAAAGCUGAA